AUGGAUUCACUUCCACGUACGCCCACGAAAGCCAGACCCACACAGCAACUUUCUACACCAUCUCCAAAAAAUGAUAUUUUGUCUAUGAGAGGUUACAAGAGAAGAAAUACAACCACACCACCUCCACUAUACGCUCUUUCGAAACCGCAGCAGGCAGAUGUUCAUAGACACUCGUUGGCUGGCCAGAGCCGCAUAUCCAUGUCCCCGAAUCGUGAUCUUUUGAAAAAUUAUAAAGGCACAGCAAAUUUAGUUUACGGAAAUCAGAAAAGUAAUUCUGGUGUGACUUCAUUUUACAAGGAAAAUGUCAAUGAGUUGAACAAAACACAAGCAAUUUUAUUCGAAAAAAAGGCUACGUUAGAUUUAUUGAAAGAUGAGCUAGCAGAAACGAGGGAAAGAAUUAACGGGGUUAACCUCAAGUUCGAGACUCUUCGUGAAGAAAAGAUAAAAAUUGAACAACAACUGAAUUUGAAAAACAAUGAACUUAUAUCUAUCAAAGAGGAAUUUUUGUCAAAAAAACAGUUUAUGAAUGAAGGACAUGAAAUACAUUUGAAACAGCUAGCAGCGUCAAAUAAAAAGGAUUUGAAGAAGAUGGAACACGACUACAAGACUAAGAUUGAAAAAUUGAAGUUUAUGAAGAUUAAACAAUUUGAGAAUGAAAGAGCUACACUACUAGACAAUAUAGAAGAGAUCCGAAAUAAAAUCACCUUGAAUCCUUCCACGUUACAAGAAAUGCUGAACGAGUCUGAACAAAAACAAGGACUGGAGAAAGAAGAAUGGCUUACAGAGUACCAAACACAAUGGAAAAAUAGUAUAGAACUGAAUAAUAAACAUAUGAAAGAUAUUGACAACAUUAAAAAGGAAAUCGAAAAUGUUUUAAGACCUAAACUGUUAGAAAAAAAGAGGCUCUUAACAGAGAAGCACAAAGAGUAUGAAACACUCAAACUGAAAGUUGAAGAAAAGAAAGAAGAAACUACAAAGCUAAGGAAUGAAGUGGCUUCAAAAGAAAAGGCUAACCGGGAAACUUUAGAAAAAAUCAGGGAACUUGAAGAAUAUAUAAAGGACACCGAGCUAGGAAUGAAAGAGUUAAAUGAAAUUCUAAUCAAAGAGGAAACAGUUAGACGUACAUUACACAAUGAAUUACAAGAACUAAGAGGAAAUAUACGAGUUUAUUGUAGAAUUCGUCCACCUUUAGAGUCUUUGGAAAACUUGGAUACUAGUCUAAUAAACGUCAACGACUUUGAUGACAAUCGCGGUGUCCAGUCUAUGGAAGUUACGAAAAUUCAAAAUACCCCACAAGUGCAUGAAUUCAAGUUUGAUAAAAUCUUUGACCAACGUAAUACAAACGAAGAUGUCUUUAAAGAGGUUGGACAAUUAGUGCAGAGUUCAUUGGACGGUUAUAACGUUUGUAUUUUUGCAUAUGGCCAAACAGGGUCCGGGAAAACUUUCACGAUGUUAAAUCCCGGGGACGGUAUUAUUCCUUCCACAAUAUCCCAUAUAUUCAACUGGAUUAACAGAUUGAAGACAAAAGGUUGGGAUUAUGAAGUUAACUGCGAAUUUAUUGAAAUCUAUAAUGAAAACAUUGUAGAUCUGUUGAGGAAUGAAAAUAACAAGGAUGACACAAGUAACAAUCUGAAGCACGAAAUACGACACGAUCAAGAAACCAAGACUACCACUAUAACAAAUGUCACGAGUUGUAAGCUUGAAUCGGAAGAAAUGGUUGAUAGGGUUUUGAAAAGGGCAAACAAGUUAAGGUCUACAGCGAGUACUGCAUCGAACGAGCAUUCUUCUCGUUCGCACAGUAUUUUUAUAAUUCAUUUGACAGGGUUGAAUGCAAAAACGGGAGCGCAAUCUUAUGGUACAUUGAACCUCGUUGAUUUGGCUGGUUCGGAGAGAAUAAAUAUUUCUCAAGUCGUGGGAGAUCGUUUGAGAGAAACUCAAAAUAUCAACAAGUCACUGAGUUGUUUAGGUGAUGUUAUUCAUGCGCUAGGUCAACCUGAUAGUGCUAAGAGACAUAUACCCUUUAGAAACUCAAAAUUGACGUACCUACUACAGUAUUCAUUAACUGGGGACUCGAAAACUCUGAUGUUUGUUAACAUCUCGCCAAGUUCUUCGCACAUUAAUGAAACGUUAAAUUCUUUAAGAUUUGCCUCCAAAGUUAAUUCAACCAGAAUGGUCAGUAGAAAAUCAGAUAAAUGA